GUAAUGCGGAAAUGAGGAUUUUUACUCAGCAACUAUAAAAAACUGAAAAAGAAGUCUUCCAGUGGUGCCUAGCCUAAUAUAUUUAUCCAGUACACCCAUCUUUCUACACUUGGUAAUCAUGGCGGAUGACAGAAGUCUAGAUCUUAGACCAGGGAUAAAGUUUCUCAAUGUUUUGUUACUCGGAUUCACAUUCAUGCUGGUGUUCACCGGAUUUCAAACAUGUGGGAUGGUCGAACAAACUGUUCUGGAAAGCUACAAACAAAUUCAUCCUGAUUUCAAUGGAGUUGGGUAUACAAGUUUGGCGAUUAUCUACACAGUUUUUGCUGUUGCAAACUGGGUUGCACCUUCCAUUGUGUCAAUCAUUGGACCAAAAUAUUCAAUGAUCAUUUCUGCUGUUACUUAUACAGCAUACAUCGCUACUUUUAUCAAACCAAUGACCGUCACAUUGUAUUUGGGUUCUGUUCUAAUCGGAAUUGGUGCUGCAGUGCUAUGGACAGCACAAGGAAAUUUUUUGACCCUGAACUCAGAUGAUCAUACAAUGGGAAGAAACAGUGGAAUAUUUUGGGCGUUGUUGCAAUGCAGUCUUCUCAUUGGCAAUUUAUAUGUUUACUUCGCAUGGAGAGGGGUAAAGGUAAUUAAAGAUGCACAACGUGUACCAUUGUUUAUUGGUUUGACUGCAAUCAGUGGUGUGGGUACUAUACUCAUGUUUUUCCUUCGAUCUCAUCCUAAAUCUGGUACAAAAAUGACCGAAGAUCAUAGAAAUUUACUUGAUGAUGGAAGUGAUGAGAGGCGAGUGAAUACCGGCAGAUCAUAUUCAAAUUCGAUUGAAGCAAAUGAUGAAGGAUCUCAGAAUUAUCUUGAUCAUAUUUCAGAAGAAGAUGAAGCUUCAGAAAGUACUGUAAAAAGUUCAUCUGGUGGAAAAGCAUCUGGAGCAUGGAUGGCAUUUCUGAAAGCGAUUGAAUUAUUUAAAACUACGGAUAUGAUGUUAUUAAGCAUUACAUUCCUUUACACUGGAUUUGAGUUGACAUUCUUCAGUGGAGUUUAUGCAACAAGUGUUGGUGCUACUUUACAAUUUGGUGAAGAUGCGGACAAAUAUGUUGGACUUACAGGGAUAAUGAUUGGCGUUGGAGAAAUUUUUGGUGGCCUAAUAUUUGGUAUCUUUGGAAGACGAACAGUAAAGUAUGGAAGAUCUCCAGUUGUAUUUCUGGGUUUCUUUCUUCACCUCGCAGCAUUUUUCCUGAUAUUCCUAAACAUUCCUGAUGAAGCCCCACUGCAUCAAACACAUGAAGUCGCCUAUAUAGAUCCAAACGUGGUGAUAGCCAUUGGAUGUGGAUUCUUACUCGGAUUCGGUGACGCUUGCUUCAAUACUCAAUGCUUUUCUAUACUUGGUGUUAUGUAUAAAUCAGACAGUGCUCCAGCGUUCGCUUUGUUCAAGUUUGAACAGUCACUUGCCGCCGCGAUCGGAUUUUUCUACAGUAACCAUAUUGUUCUAAAAUGGCAGUUGUUGAUUAUGGUGGUGUUUGGAGUAUCCGGAACUUUGACUUAUUUCAAAGCCGAACAUUCCUUAAAAAGGAGGCAAAGAGAAGAAGCAAUAAACGAGGAUUGAGAAAUCUAUAUUUUUUUGUAUUUCUAUAUUAUUUUCAGUAUAUCAAACUAAAAUAACCGUUACACCUAUACAUAUUUGAUUCGCCAAAACGCUAUUAUAUAUGUCGUUUUUGCUUCUGGUUAAACAACAAAUCAUUGUUAUACCAUUUCUAUUCAUAGUAACAUUACUCCCAUUAUGAACCCUGAAUAUUUGCCCUAAUAAUCAUAAUUUGUCGUUCACUCUUUAAUGAACUUUAUUGAUUUAGUUUUAGUUUUAUUUUUGACUACUACGUGGGCAAUAAGGUCAUUUCUGCAUAACGGGUUCUUCUAUCAGAUUCGGCAAACGACCUACGUUGCUCCCAUCAGAAUUAUUUGAUUAGUGCUGCUAUACUUCUGUGACACUAAAAUUUCAAAGCCUAAUAUUUCAUAUUCUAUUUCCAUGUGUAUUUAAUUUUCCGUCCACUUAGAUUCAGGAACAGAUAUCUUCGAAUUUCGAAUUUUUACAUGUGAUUAUUGAUGAGCGCAAUUCCUAAAAUCUGUAUAUUUUUACUGUUGUAUUUUUGUAUCAAUAGCUCCCAAUUUAAGCCUCAAAAUGUGAAUUUUUGUCACAAUUCUUUGAACAAAUUAUUAUAAGCAA